AUGGGUCUUCGUCAAUUUAGCUCGAAUCGUACUAGCCAAUCCUUUUUGCUAUGCUCCACCAACAGUACAUUGCAACCCCUGUUGAGGAAUGUUGGAGCUGCAGUAGCAAUUGCUACCCCUGCUGGUGGCGCUGGUACUGGUAAGGAGAAGAUGGGAGGCAUUGGGAGCCCAAGAGAAAGGAAGAAGAUGAGAGACCAGAGAUCUGUUUUAAGAAAUAAUAAAAAGAAAGAAAUUGUGGGCAGUUCUGUUUUCUGGGAUAUUCGAUUUUUUUCUGGUAGAUCGAUACAGGAGGGAAAGAUGAAUAUAUUUAGAUUAGCAGGGGACAUGACCCAUUUGGCGAGCGUCCUUGUUUUGCUCCUCAAGAUCCAUACCAUCAAAUCCUGUGCUGGCAUUUCUCUGAAGACUCAGGAACUCUAUGCUCUUGUCUUUGCUACACGCUACUUGGAUCUUUUUACCGACUACAUUUCGCUCUAUAAUACUCUAAUGAAAUUAAUUUUCUUGGGGAGCUCUUUCUCAAUUGUCUGGUAUAUAAGGCAUCACAAGAUCGUCCGCAGAUCUUAUGACAAAGACCAGGACACGUUUCGCCACUAUUUCCUUGUGCUGCCGUGUUUUCUAUUGGCCCUAGUCAUAAACGAGAAAUUUACUGUCAAAGAGAUAAUGUGGACAUUCUCCUUGUACUUGGAAGCUGUAGCCAUCCUUCCUCAGCUGGUCCUGCUGCAGAGGACUAGAAAUAUUGACAACUUGACUGGGCAAUAUGUUUUUCUUCUGGGCGCGUACCGGUCAUUAUACAUAUUGAACUGGAUUUAUCGCUUCUUCACUGAGCCACACUAUGUCCACUGGAUUACUUGGAUUUCAGGGCUUGUUCAGACACUGCUUUAUGCUGAUUUCUUUUAUUAUUACUUCCAAAGCUGGAAGAAUAAUGUGAAGCUUCAGCUGCCUGCUUGA